AAAUCGCAGCGUACUAAAAAAGCGAGCCAAAACUCACACAUUCACACAGUCACUCGCACAAUACCCUGAUCCGAUUGUUGUCAUUAAUUCCCCCCUUUCGUACAACUCAAGCUUUCUUCUUCUUCUCCUCCGACGACUCGGUAUCCCCUACUCAGUUUCCGGCCUUUCUAGUUUUGUCUUAAGCUGGGUCGCUUUCCUGGUCACACGGACUGAGUCCACUCUGCAACACGCACCAGUCCUAUGUUUUUGUAUUUGAGUUGCAUGUGCUGGAUUUUCCAUGGAAACAGUGGUUGUAGUUGAGGGGAAUGAUGAAGAGAAGUAUGAGGACAGUGGGGUUGAGAAAGGUAGCACUUCUUUGUCUUCACUGAAGGAGGUUGCUGACCCGGUUGUAUACAAGCUUGUCCGGGUUGAAGGUGAUGGGAGAUUAGUGCCUGCAACUGAUGAUGAAGUGAUGGAGGUUGAAGAUUUUCUUAUAGAUGACAAGACUGAAGUAAAUGUCACUACAGACACUGGAAAGACUGAAGAGUGCAUAUCAAGUGGAGGGCCUUCCUGUCUGAAGCUUCAGUUAGAAAGUUCAGAAGGUUUGCCAGAUUCUGAGAAUAAAAAAGUUGAUGCUGAACAAUUAACUUCACGACUAGAGUACAUCGAGGAGAUGUUGCAAAAGGUCAAACAGGAAGAGAGGCUCCGCUUAGCAUGUGGAUCUCCUGAUGAUUCUUCUGCUUUUAUGAAUGUAGACAGGCAGUGUUCUGAUCCACAUGAUAAAUUGCUCUUUAUUGAUGUGAAGCUCCAAUCUGAAAUUCCCUUGCAGGAAAUUGUUCCUUCUUCAGCAUUGAUUUUAAAUGGAAACCAUAAUAAUGAACCUAGAAGCAUUGGGGAGUGCUCAAAACCUGCAGAUGAACCAGGGGAAAGUAGAUCACCAGCUUCUGGUGCGUGUGCUAGUUCAAAGCCCGAUUUUUCAAAGUUAAAGGGAGAAAUUUGCUUGGACAACUUAUCAAUUCGAGAACUUCAUGAAUUAUUUAAAGCAACUUUUGGGCGAGAAACUACUGUCAAAGACAAAUUAUGGCUUAAGAGAAGGAUUGCAAUGGGAUUGACUAAUUCCUGUGAUGUUGCGACCACAACAUUUACAAUUAAAGAAAAUAAAUUGGUUAAGGGAAUGGAAGAAAGCUGUAAGAAUGCUGAUGGUACAUUGACUGGGCCAUCAAUGGUUGAAGCAAUGGAUAUCAGCUGUAAGAAUUCACCAACUAGCCACUGUAGUCAGAUAGAAGAUCAUCAAAUUGUUUCUGGCAAGAGUGUCAGAAAUAAUAGAGUGGAAUUUGAUGGUGGUAGUGACGAUCUUCAAACUGAACAAAGAGCUGCCAAAAGAGUCAGGAAGCCCACUAGGAGAUAUAUUGAGGAGCUUUCUGAAGUUGAAUCUAGAGAUUGUAGUCCAAAAGUGUCUAGUUCGGCUAAGAAUAUUGGAUCUGAACAAACAUCUCCAAAAUCUUGGGUCAAGCCUAUUAGAAAGGUGUCUUCAAAUGAGAGACCUGUGGUAACCAGGUUAGACUCUCUUGGUGGGUCUGGAGUUCAGGUUCCAUAUGUUUCUCGGGUGCGAAGAAGCCGUCCUAGGAAAAAUAUCAUGGCUCUUAUGUUCCAUCCGAGUGGUAUGGGAAUGGGCAUGGCAGCUAAAGUGGUGAAAAAGACCCUUAUGGUGCAUGGUUCUCAGCCAGAUAGUGAAUGUUUGGAUCAAGUCUUGAAACCCAGAUCUGCAUCUGAACAGUUUCAGCCACUAUUAACUCCCGAAGAUGAGAAAGAUCACCAGUGUUCAGUAAUUGACACGAUUCAUCUGGGGAAGAAUCUGGGUUUGAAACAGUCAGAUUCAUCUGAAGAGGCUUCAGAUGAUAACUUGGCGACUGUUCCCACAGCAAAAGGUGGUAUGAGAAGGAAACAUCAUAGAGCAUGGACUCUCGUUGAAGUUAUGAAACUAGUUGAGGGUGUAUCUAAGUGUGGUGCUGGGAGGUGGUCCGAAAUCAAAAGGCUUGCAUUCGCAUCCUAUUCCUACCGCACUUCUGUUGAUCUCAAGGACAAGUGGAGGAACCUUCUAAAAGCUAGCUUGGCACAGACCCCUCCUGAUGAUGGAAUAAAUUCUCGGAAACAUGCUUCGGUUCCCAUUCCGGCCCCAAUUUUGUUAAGAGUGAGGGAACUUGCAGAAAUGCAUGCCCAGGCUCCUCCAAAGCUUGGCUCAAGCAGACUGGCGGGAGUUGGUGGAAGAAGUGUACAAGAAACAAGAUCGGGCUACUUGUAACAUUGUAAAUAGUAACAUUAGCUGUCCAAAUUGACAAUAAGGAUAUCAAACUGUAACCCUGAUUACCCUAUGUUCCUUUGAUGAUUAGUAUGGAUUGCAGGUUGUAGGCAAUCAAAGUUAAUAUUACGUUGCCAUCAAAAUGUUUUUUUUUUUUUUUUUUUUUGGGUGCCGUAGCCAGUACUCAUUCUGCUAGCCUGAAAAAAUUAGCACGUUUUUUCCUGCUGGAUCCUUUGUAUAUAUGCAAACCACAUGAUCAAAUUAGAGCAUUUGUACCGUACCGGAAAGUAAUUAUCCUGUUAUUUAAGUUGUAAAUAUUUCCUUAAAGGUUCCUAUUGUUCAGUAUUUGGAGCUAUA